AUGAAGUAUAAUUCACCCUUAAAAAACCCAAAGAAGGAAGAGGUAGAGGUGCCUGAUGCCACUCUUGCUCAAUUCUCCAACGUCAAGGAAUCCUACAAUGAUUCCAAUAGUGGAGGAAUUGGUGCCAUGGAUGAAUUAGAAGUAUUUUUGGGCAUUGAAGAUGAUAGUUUCUGCAAGGAUAAUGAGUACGGUACACUCAGUUGUGGUUUAAUGGAUUGGGAAGAAGAAACGCCAAACGAGAAAGAUGAAGAUGGCCCAGAUAAUAACUUUGAGAAAAGAAAGGUUAUAAAGACAGAGAAUAUUGGGUUCUUUGAUGAAGGUGACGAUGAUAAAAGAGCGUCUUUGAACUUGAACUUGAAUUAUCAACAAGUGUUGGAUGCUUGGUUUCAUCGAGGGUCUCUAUUGGCCAAUGAUAAUUCUGUUUACAUGCCAAGCAAUGGCUAUUAUAUGGGAGAGGUGCUAGUGAUGGAAGAAGAAAGAAUAAGAAGGGAAGCAAGUGUCCUGAGAUACAAAGAGAAGCGGCAGACUAGAUUGUUCUCUAAGAAGAUAAGAUAUCAGGUCCGCAAACUUAAUGCAGAUAAAAGACCUAGACUCAAGGGACGUUUUAUAAAGAGAAGUUCCUGA